GACCUGAAGGGCAAGGUCCUCAUCUGCCGGAAUUACCGUGGAGAUGUGGAUAUGUCUGAGGUGGAGCACUUCAUGCCAAUUCUUAUGGAAAAAGAGGAGGAGGGAACACUUUCUCCCAUUCUAGCUCAUGGAGGAGUACGUUUUAUGUGGAUUAAACACAACAAUUUAUAUCUUGUUGCUACUUCUAAGAAGAAUGCUUGUGUCUCUCUGGUGUUUUCAUUUCUUUACAAGGUGGUUCAGGUAUUUUCUGAAUAUUUCAAAGAGUUGGAAGAAGAGAGCAUUCGAGAUAACUUUGUUAUAAUUUAUGAAUUGCUUGAUGAGCUCAUGGAUUUUGGCUAUCCUCAAACCACUGACAGUAAAAUUUUACAAGAGUACAUCACUCAAGAAGGCCACAAACUGGAAACUGGAGCUCCACGCCCACCUGCCACUGUUACCAAUGCUGUUUCCUGGCGGUCAGAAGGGAUAAAGUAUAGGAAAAAUGAAGUGUUUCUGGAUGUUAUAGAAUCUGUUAAUCUCUUGGUUAGUGCCAACGGAAAUGUAUUGCGCAGUGAGAUAGUUGGAUCCAUUAAAAUGCCAGAGCUUCGCCUCGGUUUAAAUGAUAAAGUACUCUUCGAUAAUACAGGACGUGGCAAAAGCAAAUCAGUGGAACUAGAAGACGUAAAGUUUCACCAGUGUGUUCGUCUCUCUCGUUUUGAAAAUGAUAGGACAAUUUCUUUCAUCCCACCUGAUGGAGAGUUUGAACUCAUGUCAUAUCGUCUUAAUACCCACGUGAAACCACUAAUCUGGAUUGAGUCUGUGAUUGAGAAACAUUCCCACAGUCGCAUAGAAUAUAUGAUCAAGGCAAAAAGUCAGUUCAAGCGGAGAUCAACUGCCAAUAAUGUGGAGAUUCACAUCCCAGUGCCAAAUGAUGCAGAUUCACCAAAAUUUAAAACCACAGUGGGAAGUGUCAAAUGGGUUCCAGAGAACAGUGAAAUUGUCUGGUCCAUUAAAUCAUUUCCGGGUGGAAAAGAGUAUCUGAUGCGCGCUCACUUUGGUCUUCCAAGUGUUGAAGCUGAAGAUAAAGAAGGCAAACCUCCUAUCAGUGUCAAGUUUGAAAUUCCAUAUUUCACCACUUCAGGAAUACAGGUCCGCUACUUAAAGAUCAUUGAGAAGAGUGGCUAUCAGGCGCUGCCAUGGGUUCGCUAUAUUACCCAGAAUGGAGAUUAUCAGCUCCGAACACAAUAAUACUUUUCCAAUCAGAACAGAUGACAAAUCUUCAGGUCUAGAAUAUGUAGAAAACGUCAUGGUAGUCAAGGCUGUGAACAUUGUCUGCGGGGGCAUUGUAUCAGCAAAGUUGAAAUGAGGAGGAGAAAGAAUCUGGGUUUUUUUUGUAUUAUGUUCAACACUAAGUGUUUGGACCAUUAGUGCAGGUUGUAUGAAUGUAUGUCUUAGAGCACGUUAUUUCCGGCUAAAUACUGAUCAUAUUAGGAGUAGCAGUUAUUUUGAGAAGCCAGGAUUGCCUUGCCAGUCUUACUUCAAAGUUUCAAGAGUCCAUAUUUUAAGAGUGUAUAUAUCCUCUUUAAAAUCAUUGGAAGCUUAUUUAAAAGCUAGGGAGGUUGUGUUGCAACUGAAGUGGCUAUUAAGCAUUCUUAGUUGUAAAUAACACUGAGCCAUUAUUUUACAUUGAAAACACCUGACACUUUUGAGGAUUAUUUCUUAGUUAAAACUGUUAGCUUGCAAAAGAAUUCUUAAAGGCAGUGAGGAGUCAAGAAUGGUUAGGUCCUAUGUUCAAAAAUAAUUGUUUUUGUUGGCAUAGUUAAGCUCAUUUGAUAUCUGUCAAAACUUGAGAUUUUUGGGGGGGAGGGGUUGUGUUUAAACAUAAAUUUGAUUAAAAAUACAGGUGCAUUAACUACUGUAUUAGCUUGAGGAGGAAGAGAUGUCAAGAAUAAAUAUGGUCUCUAUGCAGUAUCAUGGUCAAUGCUUGUUUGAAUUAUGGAGCCAAGAAGUAAAGCUGAGGAAUCCAAACAAAUUAAGAAAACUCAGUAUCAACUAUCCUAUAACAUUUGAUUGACUUAGAUAUUUCUGCAAAAUACAUUUAAAAAGUAAACCUGAAACUUCCGAUUAAACAUUUAAAAGCCAAAAUGGCUAAAACAAAGUUCAGCAAAUGGAACAUGUUUGUAAGUAGUACUUCAGGCACUUCCUGAUGAUCAAUGGCUGUCAUUAGAGGGGCUGGGCAACAGAAGAUAAUAAGAAAUUACAUAUCUGCCAUCUAGUUUAAAUUUAGAUAUGGAAAAAUUUAAAUUUCAAGAAUUUACAUUUUCUUCAGAUUCUACUUUUUUUGCCAACUUUCUGGCAGAAUCUUACAGUUUCAUACUUUAGAACUAUGAAGAUGCUGCAAAACUGAAUAGCUAUUAUAUAGUUUUUUCAAUUUCAGAAAAUGUUAAAGUGGUUAUUUCAGUGUUUUCUUUAAAAAGGACUAAACACUUUUGUUCUAGUGUAAAUUUAUUUGCUUCUGCCAGAUUUUAGCUUAACAGCCUUGAAGAGGGACUAUCACUGUUCACAGCUGAUGCAGUGAACGGAGUGGGUGUGCAAGUUUUCCCACCCCUAUUCUGCCAUUCUAAAGUGCUUCAACCCUGCCCCAGAGGGGAGAGAGGGUAGGUCACUGUGCCCAUUUGUGAUGUGUAGAUAUGUGGACUGUGUGUCUACACACAUUAUAUACAAAAUCCCCCUGAGCAGUUUAGCAUUGAUAUUAGGAAGAUUUGUUUCAGAAAAGACCAAUUUGCCUAAAGAUCAUCACAGCAUUGAUAUUAAAGCAUCUAGAAGCACAUCAUGGUAGCUUGAGAAUUGGAAUGUUAAAUGUAGGUGCAGGUAUUUUUAUAGAGUAGGGUUAUUAGAUUUUAUUACUCACCAAAACGUUACAACAAGUUAAAGCCUCUUAUUCAAGAUUUUUAUGUUACUACUUCCAUUUUCGGUUGAAAUUUUAAUCUUGGAGACCAAACUGACCAUUUUGCAAGUUUAAUGUGAAGUGUUUAGCUAACCUGUUACAGAACCUGUCAGAUAUUGUCUUCAGUCUACAUUGUUUAUGCAGUCCUUUUAUUUACGUGCUUGUUAAAUGUGGCAGUUAUAAUUGCAGUUUUCCAUGUUGAAGCUUGUACCUUACAAACCACAACAGUAUUUUACGGACUCUUUGCAGCUGCUGAAGUUUGAUUAUGUUGCAGAGUGGCCAAAGGCAGCAAAGAAUCUUUCUUGCAGCAUUAACCUCCACUGUCAUUCUUCCGUAGCUAAAGGGUCUGAAACUGCCUGUGGAUCAAAAGUACCUCCAGGGAAGAGGAUUGACUCUGAACUUGUGGAGCAUGUUUUAUAAAUGCUGAAAGUAUUAAUUUUUAAUAUGCCUGAUUUAAUUAUCAUCCUGUGUGAGAGAAUUGUCGACAUUUUAAAUGUUUGCAGUAGGCAAGUCAGUUAAUUAAAUGUGCAUAUUUAUCAAACUGGACAAUUACAAUAGAAAGACCUUCACAGUUUUGUCAUUACCAGAUACUUCAAAAAAGACCAAUUUAGUCCAACGGUUGCCCAAAUGUUCUGUAUUUACAUACAGACAGAAAUAAGAGCUAAUAAUACAUUAGUUUCGUGUUGGUCUUUGUUUAGAGAGUAUUUAUCUAUUCCUCUUCCUUUGGCUAUUAAAUUUGUUCUUUUAUAA